UCCGCGGAUCUGUGAGGAGAAAGAAAGAUGGCGGCGCAUUGAGGAACGGGCCGCUCAGUAAACCGAGCUCUUACUUUCGGAAAAAUUCUGUAAAAACUAUUCGCCGCAGUCACACCGAGGGAGUUUUAUCCGGUAGCGGAUGCACUACACUAAGAACGGAGCAGACUCUGGGACUCGAAGUAAGUGCUGAGGGGAUAAAAUGGCGACAGGUGGAGUCCCGAUUGAUGACUGUGCAGAUGAACAGGAGCUGCACAACUGGACCGUCAGCAACGGCAGCCUGGAGGAUCGACUCAAUAACAUGGACUGGGGUGUUCAGCAGAAAAAGGCGAACCGUCCGUCAGAGAAAAACAGGAAGAAGCUCUCCGCCGUGUCUGAGAGCCGCCUGACCAACGACAUCUCUCCGGAGUCGACUCCGGGGGCGGGGCGCAGACGAGCGAGAACGCCUCACUCGUUCCCUCAAAUCAAGUACACUACGCAGAUGUCCGUUCCCGAUCAGGCCGAGCUCGACCGCCUCCGGCAGCGCAUUAACUUCACCGACCUGGACGAGAGGAGCAUCGGGAGCGACUCUCAGGGCCGUGUCACUGCAGCCAACAACCAGAGGCAGCUUUCCUCAGAGCCCAGGAAACCCUUCAACUUUCUCCCGCUGCAUGUAAACACUAACAAGAGCAGAGAAUCGCCUGCUUCUGCCCCACCUGCUACCACUACUGGGGGUAAAGAGGCCAAGAAGCAAAGCCCAGCCAAGGGGUUGUUCGCUCCAGUGCCUGUCGUACCUGUCGUACCUGUUAAAGAGCCACACAGAGCUGAGAGGAUCCCAGGAGAUCAGACUGUUGAUAGCAGCCAGGUGGUCAGUAAGCUGGUGCAGAUCCGUGAAUACAUCACCAGAGCCAGCUCUAUGAGGGACGACCUGCUAGAGAAGAACGACGUUCCGGCCAACGUCGAGCGCCUCUCUCACCUCAUCACUCACCUGAAGGAGCAGGAGAAGUCUUACUUGCGCUUUCUGCAGAAGAUGCUGGCGAGAGAGGAGGAGGAGGAGGAGGAGGACGAAGGUGCCACGGUGGAUUCGGCGGUGUGUUCGGGCUCGAUGGCCGAGAGCACAUCUCUGAACUUAGAGCCUCGGUCAGAAGCCGCAGACCCCACCUGUUACCGGGUCGUGGGUCAGCAGAAGGAGGAGUUGGAGAACCUGCGCAAGCAGCACGACCUCCUGCAGAAGAUGCUGCAACAGCAGGAGGAGCUGCGAGAGCUGCAGAACAGACAGGCAACCCUGCUUACCAUGCAGAACCGAGCAGAACACGCCAUGGACGACACCGUUGUAACAGAGACUACAGGAAGUGUGUCGGGUGUCAGUAUUACUUCAGAACUCAAUGAUGAACUCAACGACCUCAUACGCCGUUUCCACAACCAACUCCAUGAUUCUCAGUCCCAGGCGGUUCCUGAUAACCGGCGUCAGGCUGAGAGUCUGUCCCUGUCCAGAGAGGUGUCUCGAUCUCACUCUAGCCACAGUCCUCGAACACCACAAACCCUUGGCACUGCCGCAGACACUGCUGCUGUUUCCUCCUCCUCUGCUAGCGCCAAGCUCACAAAACUACAGGAGCUCCAGGACAAGAAGCAGACCAUGGAUAAAAUCCUGCAGGAGCUUCAUUCCCUCCGAGACCAGACACUAAACAACAGCUCAUGUAUAUCCUUUACCUUUGAGGAUGGAGGAAACCCAGCUGAAAAACUGAGGAAGUUGAAGGAGGUUCACAAGCGGCUGAACGAAUUGAGAGAGCUGGUGCAGUACUACGAGCAGACGUCAGACAUGAUGGUGGACACAGUGAACGAGAACGUAAACGAAGAAGAGGAGGACGAGACUGAAGAUGGGUCGCUCUUCGAAGCCAUGUUUGAUUCGGAACAGGAGAACCGAGAACCCAUCACUAACAUCAGGAACCCUGCUCAGUCUCAUUCAACUUCUAACUGGAUGGACAUGAACACCCUGACAAACGCCUGCAGCAGCUCCAACAAUAGAGUUAGCAGGUUAAACUCUCAGUGUGAGGUCAACAACCGCUCAGCUGUGAACCUGCACAGCCUCAACGUCCCCUCUGUGAUAGAGUGUCAGUAUAACCGGGACGGCCCAUACAAUGGUGUCAAACACGGGAACGGAGAGGAUGACGACGAGGAUGAGGAAGACGAGGAUGAAGCAGAAGGACCGAGGAGAGGAAGAAGAGAGAGCUCAGGUUCAGGGUCUAGUCGUCGGAGCAGCAUUGCAGAUGACGCUGAGUUUGCUCAGAAAGUCCACCGUCUGCAAACAGCCAAGCAGAAGCUGCAGCAGCUCCGUGAGCUUGUCGCCAUGGUGCAGAGUGAUGACACGGACACCACGGCAGCCAAUGAGGACGAAGGAUUGCAACAGCAGCCCAACAACACCCGAGCGACUGCACCUCAGGCCAAGAAAGAACUCACACUCUCUGACAAGGCCAGGGAGAAGUUGUAUGAGGAGAAGUUGAGGCAGCAGCAGCAGGAGCUAAAGCAACUUCAUGAGGAGAGACAGAGGCUGAUUGAGAUCCAGGGCAAAAUCCAGGAUCUGCAGUGGGCAUGUCCUGAUCUACAGUCGUCUGUCUCGAGUGCAGCCAGUGGUGUGAUGAUGAUGAAGAAGCUCCCUGCUGCAGCUUCCACUCCCGCUGUCGCACCGUCCACUUCAACCAAAAGCAACACCGCCGUGCUCAAACAAACCACCGAACCUCCAUCUGUCACAGUCACUGACAACGAGUUGUGGUCAGAGAUGCGGAGACACCAGGUCCUGCGUGAGGAACUGAGGCAGAGGCGGAAACACCUCGAAAGUCUGAUGGCCGAGCAGCAGAGGAGGAGUGAUGCUCACCCUACACACAGCUUCCCCCGGGACGAUAGGACCAUGGCGACAUGGGGUGGAUCUACACAGUGUCCACUAGGUGAGGAGGAGGACGAUUACACAUCUGAGCUCGGUGCGCAGGAGGAUGAGGAUGAGGGAGCGGAGUCGAGCUCCUCUGACGAACCGCACUCAUACACUAAUGAGAAACCCUGCAGCAGCGGGAAGAGCAGGGACGGUGCAAAGAGAUCUUCUCCACGCUGCACCAGAUCUCAGUCUCGUCCCAAUCCCAGAGAGGCAAAGAGGCAGGAAAAUCUGCGCUGGGCCGCCGACCUGUCUGCCUCCGAGAGUGCCACACACACUCCUCACACACACUGGCAGGAGCAGACCACACAGCUGCAGAGACAGCUGGAUUUCAGCACGGCCAUGUGUCAGAUGCUGCUGCAGGAUCAGCAGACUCUUUCAUGCAUGCUGCAGUCAAUGUUAACAACACCCUAUAACCCUAUAAUGAUGCAGAAUAACCUGGGCACAUCACAGGUGCCCCUUAUCAUGCACCAACUCAACCAGUGUUACACACAACUUGCCUGGCAACAGAACAACGUUAACAGAUUAAAGCAAACUCUGAACGACCUCCUUCGACAGCAGCAACAGGUGGCGUCGGGGCAACAGCAGCAUCAGAACGUAGCACAGGAUUCCAUCUCUCCUUCCCCGUUUUUGCCCUUUCCUACCAUAAACAUGCUUGGCAUGAGCAACUUUUCCCCUCUUGCCACUGGUUUUAAUCACUCGCCCAUGUUUCCACCAAUGGGUCCAGAGAUUCAGCAGGCACCAGGAGCUCAGGCCAGCCCGGAUCAGCAUCCCGAUCCCAACAUGUCCCUCAAAACAGAGUACAUGAGCUUUCCGCCUCCACUGCAGAGAACCCCUCUCAACAACACUCAUACACGCUCUCAAGAUGACCCUAAAAAUUCCAGCUGGAUGAACUCCUCCCUAAAUAGGUCAUGUGACCAGCGAAGCAGUGACCAUGAGCGUCUGGAAUCCCAUGAUUCUUUGAGCAGCGUGCCUGACCGUGCCGACCCGGCCACGGUCACUAAGAGCUUCAGACCCGGGCGCAAGGCCUCGGCUCAGGCUAGCCUCGCCUCCAGGGACAAAACGCCGAAGAACCGCCGCCGGAGGAGCAAGAACCACAAUAACACAUGUUUGGACAGUGACAGCGUCUCGAGCGCCACAGAGCGGGAAAAGGUUAGAGUUCGAGAGCGAUCUGCUCAGCCGAGAGCACGGGAUACGAACCAGAACCUCCUGGACAAGCUUACCCAGGAGAAACUGGACAGCAAGCCCAAAAAUCACAACGAUGUCUCCUCAGCAGCGUAUGCAUGGAGAACCCCCUUCCUCUCUAACCAAAUCGCAUGCACCGAAACUCCAGACGGCAGCAGUGACUUCUCUCUGUUCGAAGCUCUGAGGGAGACGAUCUACUCCGAGGUGGCCUCUCUGAUCUCACAAAACGAGUCUCGUCCUCACUUCCUCAUCGAGCUCUUUCACGAGCUGCAGCUCCUCAACACCGACUACCUUCGCCAGAGGGCGCUCUACUCCCUACAGGAAAUCGUAACCAGGCACCUGACAGAGAAGAGCGUUGCCGAGGAGCCGGGCUCGUCGCUAGGAGCGGGCUCACAGUCUGAACUCACUCCCAGCGAGAGUCUUGCCACUACGGAUAAUGACGUAUCUGAGAAGGACGUGAGGAUGAAGGUUAAUUCUAGGAAGAAGAGAGUUGUAGAGGGAGACUCUGUGGACAGUGAGAGCCUGUUGUCUACAUCCUCUAACCUGGAGCUGUUUGCCAGGGAUGACCUCGGUAACACGGUGAUACAUUUAGAUAAAGCUAUGGUGCGAAUGCGGGAGUUUGAACGUAUGAAGCUAAAAGCUGGGGUUCCUCCUGCUGCUGCCGCUGCUGCUACUGCCUCUACAGCACCCCCUGUCUUUAAUCACCAGCUUUCCGCUGUUCCCCCUGCUGUUCCCUCUGCUGCUGCUGCUCCAGGUGAUGAUCUAGUGCUUAACCAAGGUCAGGACAUACGUUGCCCUCAGAUUGACACCCAGCAUUUGGACAGACAGAUCAAAGCCAUCAUGACUGAGGUGAUUCCCUUCCUGAAGGAACACAUGGGUGAGGUGUGCUCUCCACAGCUCCUAACCUCGGUGAGGCGCAUGGUCAUUACGCUGACGCAACAAAACGAUGACAGCCGAGAGUUCAUGCGCUUCUUCCACAAACAACUAGGGGGCAUCCUGCAGGAGUCCCUGAGUAAGUUUGCAGGCCGAACGCUGCAGGACUGCGGUGAGGAUCUGCUGGUGGAGAUCUCGGAGAUCCUCUUCAACGAACUCGCCUUCUUCAGGCUCAUGCAGGACCUCGACCAGAACACACACCACACCAAGAGACACACACCUACCACGCCAACUAAACACACACCCUCCACUGAGAAGUCUGAAGGAGAAAAGACCUUCUCACCUUCGUAUUUUGACGAGGAUAAAGACCGUGAUGAGACCGAGCAGAGACGGACGAGUCAUUGCCUUGAGGAAGAGAGAGGACAAACUGAUGAGAAACUGAGCAGGGAGGCCUCAGAGGAGGAAGAGGAGGAGGAAGAUGAAGAAGAAGAUGGACUGCCAUUGUCUAUAAGCUUGUCCAAAGCUGAGACACAGGCGCUGAAUAACUACGGUAGCGGUGAAGAUGAGAAUGAGGUAGAGGAAGUUGAGGAGUUUGAAGCUGGAUCUGUGGAAGUGCAGACGUCCCUGCAGGCCUCAGACAACCACGCAGAACAUUCACAGGAUAAUGAAGCUUCACAAAACGCAGCUGCACAGGACUCAGAGUCCAACCAAGAGAGCACAGAAAGUUCUGAAGCAUUGAAGAGCUCUAAGUCAGAGUCUAUAGAGGUGAUGGAGGACGAGCGAGACACCGGAGCAGCUCUCACACACACAAACAGCAAGGAGGAAUCUGCUGACUCUCUGGACCCCUCCUCACAGGAAAGUCCUCACGGGUCCACCACAGCCAGCCCUCAGACUGACUCGCCCGUUCUGGUUAACGCAGACGAGGUUGGAUCCGGAAACACCAGUCAGAAAUCUGAUGAGGAGGACUUCGUCAAGGUUGAAGAUCUUCCUGUGCAGUUCUCUGUGAUGUGCGAGGAGGAGCUGUGUAAACACAUCUUAGAGGAACAGAGGAACAAUAAUCUGACCACCGAGAUCCUGGGUGGAAACGCUGAAGGUCUGAGUGGCCUUGUGGGCAACGCACAUGCUCUCAAAGAGCCUGAAAGCGUUGAAGCCCAGAGCGCAUGAAGACGGCGGAUUUGAAUCACCGCAUCUCGACACUACAGCACCAUAUUUAUCUUAACCUACAUUUAUUUUACACACACGUGAUUUUUUUUUAAAUCACACGUAUAGAAUUUACAUCGCUCAAUGUGACCUUCAACAAUCGAGUUCAGCCUGAGCCUUGCUGAUGUUUUUUUUUUUUUCUCUCUCGUUUAUCUUUUAUUUAUCUGGAACUAAUCUGACGGUUUGUUCGAGAAGGAACGCUGUAAUUCAAAAUAAGUUUCACUCUGUUGUUCUGAACUCUGUAACUUUUAAAUGCCGAGCCUCACACUGGAAACCUUUCAGCCACACAUGGAGUGUUGUUCUUUUAAUUAUUAUUCUUUCAGGGGUCUUUCUGUCUUCUGAAAGGUCUUAGAACCUCCUGCUCUUCCUUCUCCUCCUUUAAGCACUUUACGCUCCAGAAACACGUCAGCUUUUAGAUCAUCUCAGAAAAAACAAGGCGUUCAUCAGCUUGUUAAAUCUCUUUUAGUUUGAGAUGAAAUUGUCCUUUCGAGAGAAAUUGUGAGCGCUUUUCUCUCCUCCCUCCUCCAGGGGGUGUAUUUCAGCCUUAAUGCAUUCUUUUAAUGUUUUUUUUCCCCCUGUUUCUUUUCUCAUUUUAGCGUUUUUUUCCCUUACUGGUGAAAUUCCUGGUACUCGGGAUCUGUUUUAACGGGUUUGAAUGUUAGUGAAGGUUUUAAAGUAAACAAAUAAAAUGUUAAUUUUUACUUUAUCCCUCAAAAA